GUCGCAACGGCUCCGGGGUGGGACACCUUUUAUCCGGUUUUACGAUGGCCCCGAAAAGGGGCGGUGCCAGUCGAGGAAAAUCGAAUAAUCCACCAAAGCAACAGCCGAAAGAAAUAUCCAUCGAUGAUUUUGUAGCGGGGGGAGACUCCAAGAAUGCGAAAGGCAAAUCCAAAGGCCAGAAGGCUGGCGGUGAAUCGUCUGCCGGUGGUGAAACGGAACAACCUAAGAAACCAACCGUCAGAUCGAUUAUAGGCGGCGCAUCAUGGACGGGGAAACUGCCCGUGAACAUGCUUUCAGAGCACUGUCAGAGACAGAAAUGGGAAAAGCCGGAGUACACGAUGUUCAAAAGUCCGGACGGCUUUAUAUCCAGCGUUAUCUUAAAGAAGACAAACCCCAAGACUAAGGAGACGGUGACGCUUCCCCCAAUGCGAUUUCCUCAAGCGCACAGCAAACUAGCCGCUCAGCCCACUGCACUGGAAGCACGUCAUUUUGCGGCAUCUUAUGCCUUAUUUCGCGUGUGUAGCAUGCAGAAUCUACAUAUGAUGAUGCCUCCUACCUAUCGUGAUCUUUGGAAAAAGGAAUUUGCCCAACUCAAGGUGGACGACGUAAAAGCGGGUAAGGCUUGGAUGUAUGAAUCCGAUCCCUUUACUGCGCAGCAAGAGCACCAAAAUGCUGUCGCCGACUCCACGAAGCGCAAGGCUGAGCAAGAUAGCAAGGGUAAGUUGAAGCAAAAGGAACCACUUGUGCAAUUGGGCUCCGCCGGUGGUGACAACAGGCCUCCCCCUGGUAUUCGUUGGCAAAAGGCGCCCAAGAUUGAAAUGGGCGAGAAGACACGCAGAAAGAUCGAAGAUUUGGUCAGGCAAAGCGCUCUUUGGAACCCCUAUGAUGUUAAGAUACAUGAUUCUGAAAAGAAAAGAAUCGUGGACGACUUCAGCAACCUAGGAUUCCGCAAGAGCCAUGUUGAAGAAGCUGUGGCGGAAUGUAAGGAUAGGGAAGAAGCGUUAGAGUGGUUAUUGAUACACGUUCCGGAGGACGAUCUCCCGAAAUGGAGUCUUCCGGAGGGUUAUUCGGCCGGCGUAACCCUUGCCAGUGGUGACCUGGCUCGGGAAUCUAAAAUAAAACGGCUGGCCUUGGCCGGCUACUCCACUGAUCUAUGCGCAAAAGCACUUGAGGAUAACAAUGAUGAUGAGCUCAAAGCAGCAGAAUGUCUUCAAAGCCUGCUUGUCGACAGUGGGGAUUUUUUCCCAAGUGGCGAAUUGCCCGAAAGCGAAUGUGACGCAUGGGAAGAGGAAAACCAGACCCUGGAGGCAAUAUAUGGUGAAAAAUACAAAAAGCUGUCGAGCAAUAAGUGCGAAAUCAUAUCAGACCAGUUGCAUUCGCAGUAUGCUGUAGCCUAUCAGUUCCAGAAGCCAGCUAUCGCUUCAUACCCUACCUGCCCCCUGGUUCUCACCAUAUCAUCCAAAAAAAUACCAGCUUAUAUACGCCUCAGCGCAAUCAGAGAGGCUAUCCAAUAUGCCCAUGAGAACUUGCUUGGGGGGCCGAUGGUCUUUAACCUGGUAGACUGGCUAGAGGAAAACAUACCUCGUAUUCUCGAAAAUCCUGGGAAGUUACGGAAUAUAUCUAUCGAUACCCCGUCGAGGGUCGUUAAUGAACACGCCAGACCAGCCAGCCUAAAAGGUUCCCGAACACUUCCGCAUCGGACCAAGGUGCAAGGAGGAGCCCAGCAGAAUGCGGGCAUUCGUGAAGCGCGGGAAUCCGGGCAUAGGAGCCCCGAGCAGCUGAAGAUGAUCACCGCCAGAAAGUGUCUUCCGGCUUGGGCCAUGCAGGAUGCAAUUGUGCAAGCCGUGAACACAUACCAAGUGACAAUUAUUUCCGGAGAGACUGGGAGUGGUAAAAGUACCCAGUCCGUUCAGUUUCUGCUUGAUGAUAUGAUUCAACGCGACCUCGGUUCAACAGCGAAUAUUGUCUGCACACAGCCAAGACGUAUAUCCGCGCUGGGCCUUGCUGAUCGGGUCAGCGCUGAACGCUGCUCGGCCGUCGGGGACGAGGUUGGAUAUAUCAUUCGAGGAGAUAGCAAAUUCAAGUCUGGGGCUACGAAGAUUACUUUUAUGACAACUGGUGUGCUUCUACGUCGUCUGCAAGUCGGUGGCAACAGUCUUGCGGAAUCUCUCGCCGACAUCACUCACGUCGUGGUUGACGAGGUACACGAACGAAGCUUGGAUACAGACAUCCUUCUAGCGAUCCUGAAAGAAGCACUGAAGGCCCGACGUGACCUGAAGCUCAUUCUGAUGAGUGCGACGCUGGACUCGGACCUCUUCGUACGGUAUUUUGGCGGUGAGAAUCAGGUUGGCCGAGUUAAUAUCGCAGGGAGAACUUUCCCCGUUGAAGAUAUCUACAUUGAUCAGGUUGUCCAAUUGACGGAUUUGAACCAAGCGAGUGUUGUGUCGAAUUGGGAUGAAUCUCCAGGGACCCUCGAUGAACGGGAAGAGUUGUCCGUGGGCAAGGCUCUGCAGAGACUCGGGAAAGGAAUUAGCUAUGAUUUGAUCGCGGCUACCGUACGCCAUAUCGACGCCGAGCUUCAGGAUCAACCCGGGGGCAUCUUGAUUUUCUUGCCGGGAACGAUGGAAAUAGAUCGGUGUUUAGCAACCAUGCGGGAUUUCUCGUUCGCUCAUCUGCUACCGUUGCAUGCGUCACUUACGCCGAACGAGCAAAAAAGGGUGUUUUCAGCCGCACCGAAAGGGAAGCGUAAAGUUAUUGCCGCAACUAAUGUUGCUGAAACGUCCAUUACAAUUGAAGACGUUGUCGCGGUCAUCGACACCGGUCGAGUCAAGGAAACGCGUUACAGCCCGGCGGAUAACAUUGUCCGGCUCGAGGAGACUUGGGCAUCCCAGGCUGCCUGCGAGCAGCGCCGAGGUCGAGCCGGGCGAGUCAGAAACGGCACCUGUUAUAAGUUAUACACUCGAAACGCGGAGAAUAAUAUGGCCUCCAGGCCCGCUCCGGAAAUACAGCGGGUUCCGCUGGAACAGCUUUGUCUCUCUGUCAAAGCAAUGAAGGGUAUCGAAGAUGUAGCCGGUUUCCUCGCAAAGACCCUCACCCCGCCGGACACAGCUGCUGUGAAAGGCGCUAUAGGCACGCUUCAUCGCAUAGGCGCACUGGACAACGAUCAGCUAACCGUCCUCGGCCGAUACCUGUCCAUAAUCCCAGCCGACCUGCGCUGUGCCAAGCUGAUGGUGUUUGGUGUUAUAUUUGGAUGUUUAGAGGCUUGCGUGAGCAUAGCUGCCAUCCUGACCGCUAAGAGCCCGUUCGCAUCGCCGAAGGACCAACGAGACGAAGCAAAGGCCGCAAGGGCCAGUUUUUCAACCGGAGACGGGGACCUCCUGAUUGACAUGGUGGCGUAUCAACAGUGGUCAGAGCGAGUCAAGUUACAGGGCUAUCGGAGGACACUGGCUUGGUGUAACGACAAUUUUCUGGUCCCCCAGACUCUUCGUGACAUCACUUCUAAUCGGGCCCAGCUAUUGACUUCGCUAAAGGAGGUUGGCAUACUGCCGGUUGGCUACCGGGGCGAUGGGGAACUGUCCGAACGCCGGUGGAACCGGCAUAACACAAACUGGCAGUUGCUCCGCGCUUUGAUCGCUGGAGCAUUCAAUCCUCAGGUAGCCUCAAUAUCGUUCCCAGAAAAGAGGUUCGCCGCGUCGAUGACGGGGACGAUCGAAGUCGAUCCCGAAGCGCGCACGAUCAAGUACUUCAACGAGGAGAACGGGCGCGUGUUUGUGCAUCCCAGCUCAGCGCUGUUCGACGCGCAGAGCUUCUCGGGAGCGGCGGCAUACGUGAGUUAUUUUUCGAAGAUGGCGACGAGUAAGGUGUUUGUCCGCGACUUAACCCCUUUCAAUGCUUACUCGCUGCUUCUUUUUGGCGGGCCAAUUACUCUGGACACACAUGGCCGCGGUCUUGUGGUCGAUGGAUGGCUGUCACUCCGAGGCUGGGCUAGAAUCGGGGUGCUCGUCUCGCGGCUGAGGAUGCUACUUGAUAAGGCGCUUGCAAGGAGGCUGGACAACCUUGACCUGGAUAUAAGCGAGGAUGAGGUCGUCGAGGUUGUGAGGCAUCUUGUUCUGCUCAAUGGGCAAGAUCAUUGA